AUGUUUUUAGCCAAAAAUCUAAAAAAUAAUAAAAUCAAGGUAUGCUUGCCUAAAAAGAAAUUUGCUGCGCUGAGUACAGCGUCUAUACAAACUAAUGAAAGACCAAAUCCAGAUAAGGUUUUGAAGGACAUCGCGAAAUAUGUCCAUGAAACCCCAUUAAAAUCAUCUUUGGCUCUAGAUACAGCACGACUCUGUUUCCUUGAUACUCUAGGCUGUGGCUUGGCGGCUUUGAAAUUUAAGCAGGCUCAAAAUAUUAUUAAACCAAUUGUGCCAGGAACAAUAGUUCCCAGUGGAACAAAAAUAUUGGGCACAUCUUACGUUAUGGAUCCAGUGAAGGGAGCUUUUGCCAUUGGUACUCUAAUACGUUGGUUAGAUUACAAUGACUGCUGGUUAGCUGCCGAGUGGGGGCACCCAUCAGAUAACCUUGGGGGAAUUUUAGCUGUCGCGGAUCACUUGUCCAGAUUAAACAAGGCUACCCACGGAAAGAAUGGAAAACAGUUUCUUGUUAAAGACGUAUUAGAGGCAAUGAUUAAAGCGCAUGAAAUCCAAGGUAUUAUAGCGCUCGAAAAUUCUUUCAAUAAAGUAGGUUUAGAUCAUGUGGUACUCGUGAAAGUAGCAACGGCUGGUGUUGUCUCGAAGAUGCUGGGCCUGAGCCAGGAACAAACUAUUGAAGCAUUGUCACAAGCAUUUGUAGACGGUCAAUCACUGCGUACUUACCGUCAUGCCCCAAAUACUGGAUCUAGAAAGUCGUGGGCGGCGGGAGAUGCAGUUUCGAGGGCUGUAAACUUGGCUUAUUUAGUCAAAAAUGCUAAUGUUGGCACGAUACCUUCAGUAUUAACAGCUAGAACCUGGGGAUUUUAUGACGUUUUAUUUAAGGGUAAACCUUUUUCAUUCCAACAAAGAUCAAAAUAUGAUUCCUACGUCAUGGAAAACGUUCUGUUCAAGAUAUCAUUUCCUGCCGAAUUCCAUGCGCAAACUGCUGUAGAAGCUGCUGUAAAAGCAUAUAGGAUUCUUGCCAAACAAGGGAAAACUUUUAAAGAUAUUAAAUCGAUCAGAAUUAGAACUCAAGAGGCGGCAAUGAGGAUUAUAGAUAAAUCCGGUCCUCUGUAUAAUUAUGCCGAUAGGGAUCAUUGUAUCCAGUACAUGAUCGCGGUUCCGCUGAUUACUGGUAAUCUCACAGCUACUGAUUAUUCGGAUGAGGUCGCAAGAAAUCCUGAGAUCGAUAACUUGAGAUCGAAAAUGUACUGUAUCGAAGAUACUCAUCUCACUCAAAACUAUCACGAUCCUGAUAAAAGGUCGAUAGGAAACGCUCUUCUCAUAGAGCUGAACGAUGGGACGCAGUUGGAUGAAAUUUUUGUAGAGUACCCUGUUGGUCACAAAUUUAGACGAGAGGAAGGAAUACCAUUACUAAUGAAUAAAUUUCAAAGGCAUCUGCGCGAACAUUUUGUAGAGAGCCCUGAUAAAGUCGACCUUAUAAUGAAGGUAAGUUCAAAAACAAACUUUUUGAAUAUGCAAAUCGACAAAUACAUGGAUUUGUUUACUGAGGGAUGA